CCGCCCAGGGGCCAGGGCGGUGGGGCUGUGCCCCGUGAGUGCGCUGGUAUGCGGAGGCGGGCGGGCCCGGCGGGGAGCAGGAAGGACGGGGCAGGCAUUUGGAACCCUGGAACAGCAGAGAGCAGGGCCUCUCCGGUGGCAGGGCACCUCUAGGUGGCAGGAGCUUCCCAUUCUCACCAUGAGCACCUCCACAGGCCCAGAAGCUGCCCCCAAACCAAGUGCCAAGUCAAUCUAUGAGCAGAGGAAGCGGUACUCCACUGUGGUUAUGGCUGACGUUUCCCAGUAUCUAGUCAAUCACCUGGUGACGUUCUGCCUGGGUGAGGAGGAUGGCGUGCACACCGUGGAGGACGCCUCGCGGAAGCUGGCCGUCAUGGAUAGCCAGGGCCGCAUCUGGGCCCAAGAGAUGCUGCUGCGUGUGUCUCCGGACCAUGUCACACUGCUUGACCCCAUCUCCAAGGAGGAGCUGGAGUUGUACCCGCUGGGUGCCAUCGUGCGCUGCGACGCGGUGCUGCCGCCCGGCCGGAGCCGCUCGCUGCUGCUGCUCGUGUGCCAGGAGCCCGAGCGCACACACCCCGACGUGCACUUCUUCCAGGGCCUGCGUCUCGGGGCGGAGCUGAUCCGGGAGGACAUCCAGGGGGCUCUGCACGACUACCGGUCGGGCCGCGGGGAGCGCAGGCCGGCGGCGCUCAGGGCCACGCAAGAGGAGCUGCAGCGCCGCCCCUCGCCAGUGGCCGAGACCCCUCCCCUGCAGCGCCGCCCAUCGGUCCGAGCGGUCAUUAGCACGGUGAGCGCCGGCCGGGGGCACUCCCAGGCGGAACCCAUCCCCGAAGCGGAAGAGUCGCAGAGGCCCGGCCUGGCCGGGACCGCGGGCAGCCCUGACCCGGCCUCCCCGGAUCUGGGCCCCCGCGGUCCGGAGCUGGCCAGUCUGCAGGCGGAGCGGGACGUGGACAUCCUGAACCAUGUGUUCGACGACGUGGAGAGUUUUGUGUCGAGGCUGCAGAAAUCUGCGGAGGCAGCCCGUGUGUUGGAGCACCGAGAGCGCGGCCGCAGGACCCGGCGCCGGGAGGCUGGGGAGGGUCUCCUGACACUUCGGGCCAAGCCCCCCUCCGAGGCCGAGUACACCGACGUGCUUCAGAAAAUCAAGUACGCCUUCAGCCUGCUGGCCCGGUUGAGCGGCAACAUCGCCAACCCCUCGUCCCCAGAGCUGCUGCACUUCCUGUUCGGGCCGCUGCAACUGGUUGUGGACACAUCGGGUGGCCCUCGAUUCGCAAGUGAAGUGCGGCGGCCGCACCUGACGUCCGAGGCGGUGGCACUGCUGCGCGACCACCUCACCCCACGUGAGAAUGCGCUCUGGACAUCGCUUGGGGACUCGUGGACCCGCCCGGGGUUGGAGCUGCCCCCAGAGGAGGGAUCCCCAUACAGCCCUGAGUUCUCCAGUGGCUGGGAGCCCCCAGCCACCGACCCGCAGGGCCGAGCCUGGGAAGACCCUGUGGAGAAACAGCUGCAGCACGAACGGCAGCGCCAGCAGCAAAGUGUGCCCCAGGUCGCUGUCAAUGGUCACCAAGACCCAGAGCCGGAGGCUGAGCCGCAGCCGGACGGGAAGUGGGUGCUGUGUAAUUACGACUUCCAGGCCCGCAACAGCAGUGAGCUGUCGGUCAAGCAGCAGGAUGUGCUGGAGGUCCUGGAUGACAGGCGCAAGUGGUGGAAGGUUCGGGACCAGCAAGGGCAGGAAGGAUACGUGCCCUAUAAUAUCCUGACACCCCACCUGCGACCCCGGGGAAGUUGCAGCCACAGCCCUUCCGGCAGCCUGGCGGCUAGCACUCCCCAUCAUGCACCAGCGCCGGCCUCAGCUCCUACCUCGUCUCGGCCCCAUUGGGACAGUUGUGAUAACCUCAACCUGGACCCCAGAGAGAAGGAGAGAUUCUCCCAGAUGCUGUGUGUCAACGAGGAGCUGCAGGCACGCCUGGCCCAGGGCCGCUCCGGCCCCAGCCGCGCAGCCCCGGGUCCCCGCGCCCUGGAGCCCCAGCUCAGCCCGCACUCCGACACCGCCGAGGUCCGCGCCUGGCUGCAGACCAAGGGAUUUAGCGCCCAGACCGUGGAGGCGCUGGGCGUGCUGACAGGCGCGCAGCUCUUCACGCUGCAGAAGGAGGAGCUGCGGGCCGUGAGCCCAGAGGAGGGAGCCCGUGUGUACAGCCAGGUCACCGUGCAGCGCGCGCUGCUGGAGGACAAAGAGGAAGUAUCAGAGCUGGAGGCGGUAAUGGAGAAGCAGAAGAAGAAGGUGGAAGGCGACCUGGAAACAGAGGUUAUCUGACCACACCCAGUGGCUCUGCUCGAAGUUUCGAGGCAGCCCUGUGGGAGAACGGACUCUGCAGACUACCCCCACCCACAGAAGAUGACCCCUGGCAAAGGCUCCAGACCUGUUCCGCCUCUGGUCUUCCCUCAACCCCGUGGAGUCUCCUGAGUGAGGGGACUGGCCAGGAGCGGGGUGGGUGGGGGCACACUCGGGUGCCCUGCCCACUGUGAGACGCCACCCAGACCAUAAACAGCCUCCUCUUCCCAGG